AUGGCCUUUGCGGCAUGGCGCACCACUCGUUCCAUCAAAAGGCCCCCACCUGGGCAACAGCUACCAUCUGCUCAAUCACCACACCAAACACUCCAACCCAAACUCACCCCACUCUCCGCGCGACCGUCACUAUGGCCGAACGCCUUUUCCACCCCACCCCAAUUGGCCCAACACUCAAACCCCAACUCGCCCUAA